GUCUAUGGAAAGAACCAACUAGAACCUAAGGGGCGGGGGCGUGAAAAAGCCCGCGCGCAGGGAAGCAGAUUCGUCCAUAUUUGGUUAUUGGUUGCACCUGCGGGAAAGACGAAAGAUUUCGUGUUGGUGAAGUUCUGGAGAAGAAAAGAGAGACGUUUCUGUUGGCUGUUGCAAGUUUUGUCCUGGCCACCAUUUGGAGAGCAGGAUGUACAAAACGAAAAUACCUGCAAAAAAGAGAGUACGGGUUCCCACCCAGAAAAUGAAGGAACUGCAGAACUCCCCGCCCACCAAUGAGCAACCUGGGUGUUUUGCAUUCGUCAGAUGGGAGGAUGGUUAUACUGGCAAAGUCUUUACAGGAUCUGACAUUUUGGCAAGAGAUGAGGCUCCUGUGCAGCUGCAAGAUCUUAGAUCAGGAGAUCCUGUUUUAGCAAAGUGGUCAGAUGGUAAAUUUUAUAGGGCCAUUGUUGAAUAUAUUUCAAGGGAAGACCAGGCUAAUCCGCCAAAAGGCCGCACAACUCCACAGGGCUUUUUAAGUUUGUUAAAAGGCGAUGAGCCAUCAGACUCAACGUCAGGGUCUGAUACCAUUAUAGUGGAUAGGAGCCAACUGUCUGAGCAUGGCGAGGAAAUCCCAGCGUUGAAUCCAUCAUCUGACGGGGGACAUGCAACAGGCUGCAACACCGCUGGCCCACCACCUUAUGGCUCUACAAAAGGGGGCACCAUUGUUCCAUCACCCUACGGAGGCAAUACCGUCAGCCCAUCACCGUAUGACCUCAACAACUCUGGUCCACCUCCCUACGGAAGCAAUACACCCAACCCAUCACCGUAUGGCUUCAACACCUCUGGUCCACCUCCCUACGGAAGCGAUACACCCAGCCCAUCACCGUAUGGCUUCAACACCUCUGGUCCACCUCCUUACGGAAGCAAUACACCCAGCCCAUCACCGUCUGACCUCAACACCUCUGGUCCUUCACCCGACAGAGGCCAUGCAGCUCACCUGGCACCAAACAGGAGAGAUGCAUGCAACUCCUCUGACGAGGGCAACAUCCCUGGACAGCAGGAAGAAAAUGCAUGGACACCAUGUGAUGGAUGCAAGGGGGAGGUUGAAAAAAUCCUUCAUGAAAAAAGAAGAAUCAAUGAAGUUAUCUCAAGAAUAGAUCCAGGCCAGGUCAGAGAGCUUCAGACACUACUGGAGCUCAUUGGAGAGAGGCAUCAUGACGGCGCAACAUCUACAUUAGGCCAGCAGGAGCUCUUUCCUGGGAGCGGCAUAUUAAUAUCCUCAUUCCGCCUUGCUGCCUUGCAUCAAGCAUCCAAACCAAACAGCAUGCGUCUCUUUCAUGCACUUUUUGACCAUUUCUUCACUUUGGAGGAAUGUAAAAAUGCAGUCCCCUUUGGCCGACCCGGCAACAACCCCUCAGGAAGAGGAAAACGGGUCCUUGACCGCAAAAAGGUUGACGGAAUCCUAACUUAUGUCCUGAGAUGUGGCACUCUGCCUGGUUGGGAUGAAAUCGAGGAGGCCAAGCUCAAGAAAGCCUUUGUCAACAAAUGUAGGGCCAGAGCAAAUUCUAAGGCUUAGGCCACUGCUGUAGUCUACAGUAUGUGGAGUGUGUUCUUUCUCACCAUUGUUAAGUUUAGGUUUUGUAGUACGGAGUGUGUUCUUUUUCAUGGACCAGAGGUGUUAAGACCGUACCAAGUUGAGGUUUUGUAGUACAGGUGCUGGUCAUAUAAUUAGAAUAUUGGGGAAAAGUUAUUUUAAUUUCAGUAAUUUUAUUUCAGUGAUUUAAACUCGUAAAUGUGAGACUUGUACAUUAUAUAGAUUCCUUAGACAGGAAGUGAAAUAUUUAUAGCCAUCAUUCAUGUUAAUUUGGAUGAUUAUGGCUUAUAGCUAACAAAAACCCCAAAUUCAGUCAGAAAUUUUCUGACACUUGAUUUGGGGAUUUCUUUAGAUAUAAGCCAUAAUCAAAAUUAUCAUGAAUAAUGGCUAGAAAUAUAUCACUUACUGUCUAAUGAAUCUAUAAUUUUCCAGUUUCCAGUUUUACAUUGAAUAACUGGAAUUAAAAAAAACUUUUCCACAAUAUUCUAAUUACAUGACCAGCACCAGUAUGUGUGUUACUGGUACUGUGUUUCCUUUUCACAUGGUUUCAUGUGUUUGAGCCAAACCCAAGUGUGAUUAUUCCACAUACCUCAGCAGAGCUGGUCAGUUUUCAUUGUUUAUCAUCUGGAAGUGGUAAUUUUGUCUAUAUGCCGGAUUGCUUUAUACAAUGCACCAGUUCACAUGGUGUUUGUUCCAAUUGUGUAAAUGUAUCUGUUUUACUGAACAGAAUAGUUCACCAGAAAUUGUCACCAUCUACUCCCCCCUCCCCCUUUCUGAGUAGAAGUCUUAGGUUUUGAGGAUUAAAAAAAAAAAAAAAAAACAGUAAGGGGGUGAGUAAAUGAUGACUGACACUUUUGGUUUUGUAUUUAUUUAUUUAUUUAUAUAUAUCAAAUAUGUAUGGUGUACUGAUAUAGAAUUGUACUGUAA